UUUCAUUCAGUCAAGCUCUAUUCCUUCUGGCCGUGACCGGGCUUCUCCGGUUGGAAAACGCUUUCUCUCCGUUGGGACUGACGGGAACUAACUAAAUUGAUUUAAAUUCAGUACUAGCUUUAAAUUUAACUAGCUGACAUGAGCUACUCAUGAAAUAAAGAUAUUUUCUGGUGAGAAAACCGGGGAAUACAGAGAACGACAGAAAAGAAAACGAGGAAACCACCAAAAGGAAAUGCCAAUCGCAGCCACGGGUCAACUGACGACUCAGGAACCCUGUAUUUUCUCCCGACUGCCCUCCACCCCGGAGCCUGUACCAAAAGGGGGUAAUUUAUGUGACGUUGCGGGGGCAGUAGCCGAGUCGCAGGAGCGAACAGAAUACGGGGGCGCCGAGGGGGGCAGGGGAGGACUAGUAGCCAGCUACAGUCAGACCAGCGGCGCUAGGGGAUUUCUGCCGCUUCGUUCUUCCAACUCCAACGGUUCUCCUCCGCAAUCCCCUCCCACGUCCUCCCCCCUCGCCUCAUCUUUCUUCCAUCACCACCCCUAUCAAAUGGCCAUGGAGCCGCCCAGGACUCGAUCGCGUUCUCGGUCUGGAUUCUACCAGCAGUAUGGUGCGACCGGCCCCGGGAUUAAUGCUAACGGGGGAAACGGACCUAACCACCAUCAUCACCACAGCCAGCAGCAUCAUCAACAACAGCACAACUCUGGUUGCUCACACCUUGGAGCUCACAGCCACCACACGGAGCAGCACAGCAUACGAGCACCGGGAUCUAACGUCUCCCCCGGCGCUCAGAGGCAGUCGGGACCGCCUGGAGCACAUCGCAUCUCACCCGCAGGUAAGCAUUCUCUCCCUUCCUCAGCAGUGCUCUCAUUUCUGGGUUCUUGUCUAGUGUCUUGUGUGUUGACUAUCCUUGACCCGACCAGCUAGAGAAUCUGCUCUGUUGUAGCCUCUCGUGUCCCGGAGACAGAGGAAAUGUGUGUGUUUCUGUGAUGGCACACAACAGUGUGUGUCAGAGAAUAGCCAGGCAGGGAAAGAGAGGGGCAGUGAGGAGAGACAGAGAACUCGAUCUGGUUUAAUGCACUAAGGAUCAGCUUCUGAAAGGGAGAGCAGGGGGGGAGGGGCUAGGCAGGCAGCUAUAUCGUGUUGGCAUGGUAAUGUGUGCGUGUGUGACUGCACAUUAGUUCUAUUCUAAUUAAGUAGACACUGUUAUGUGCUGCCACAGAGCUGCAGCUAGGUGGUUUAUUACAUUGUAGUUACAUGAAACAAGCAGUCUGUAACACACCACACACUACAUUUAGCUUUGUGCAUGAUGCUGCCAAGAUGCACUGAGAUGAACUCUAGUCUCUGUCUCUCUCUCUCCGCCUGUUCCUCUCUGUAGCUCUGUGUUUGUCUCUCUCU